GUUUUGUUGGGGGAUGUGUGAUCAUGUUCCUCUCUGUGUGUAUUGGUUGUUGUGGGGUUUGUGUGUGUGUGUGUGAUUGUGCAUCUCUACAUAUCAGUUGCCAUGGUGCGAUUGUGUAGCUCUUUGUGGGUCUCGGUUGUCAUGGUGUGUGUCCGAUUGUGUGUCUGUGUGUGUAUCAGUUCUCGUGGUAGGUGUGUGUGAUUGUGUUUGCCUGUUUAUGUGUCAGUUGCCAUGGUGUGUGCAGUUGUGUAUCCGUGUGUAUCAGCUGCCGUGCUGUGCGUCCAGCUGUGCGUCGCUGCGUGUAUCAGCCAUGGCGGUGUGGGUGGGACUGUGCAUCUCUCUGGGUGUGUCGGUUGCCAUGGUGUGCGUACGAUGGUGCGUCUCUGGUUGUGUGUCAGACGGGGGGUGCAGUUGUCUCUCGGUGUGUAUCAAUUGUCACGGUGUGUCUGUGUGUGUGACUGCGCAUCUGUGUGUGCAAUUGUCUACCUGUGUAUCAGUUGUGUGUGUGUGGGGGGGUUGGGAUUGUGCAUCUCUGUGUCUGCCAGUCGUCAGGCGGAGGAGGUGACUGUGUAUCAGUUGUCCUGGUGUGUGUCGGUCAACACGGUGUGGGUGUCUGGCCAGCUCUGUGGUGUGGUGUGUGUACCCCCCUUACAGCCCCCCCUUACAGCCAAUCUCUGCGUCACAACGGGCCCCGCCCCCUCCAUUCCCUCCAGCGCCCCAAGGGUUAACCCCUGGAGCAGGCGAAUUCGAAUGACAACACACGCUGUGUGUGUGUGAGCUACACCCGGCCGGCCUGUGCGGGGGGGGCUACCCCCGGCCUGGGCAAUGGGUCUCUGUCGGUGUUGCAUCGGGAGCCGGUUUGCCAAUGCUCAAUAACCAGCCAGCAGCUGUCCGACUGUACAACCCCCCCUCCACGCACCCCCCCACUCCCUCCUCCGCCUGUUGGCAGCAGGGAGGGUGUGAAACAGGCGCAGGGGAGGUGUAGCCUGGGCAGUUUCAGCAGAAAAAGAGCUGGGAUGGAUCCGGGAACCAGCUGGAUGGAUUAAACCAGGGAGGGGGGGGAAGCUUGGGGACCCCCCCUUGCACCCCUGGACUGGGGCCUGACUCACACACAGACACACACAGGGCGGUUGUGCGUCCACCGAUCCAGGAAGCAGAACAGCGCACUCCAGAGAGCAAAGAGGUUGGGGAUGGGAGCUCAUGGCUCUUAGCCAGGCCUGACCCGGCCCCCCCGCGCUGCCCCCCUGGCCCCAGCAUGGAGGUCAAAGGGCAGCUCAUCACCUCCUCCAGUUACAGCUCAGCAGAUGCCCUGGUGCGGGAACCCAGCUUGCGGCUGCGGCUGCAGGAGCUGCUGGAGCGGCAGCGGGGCCUGCGGGAGGCGCUGGGGCUGCGGGUCGCCGAGCUGCGCCGGCUCUGUCUGCAGGAGGCCGAGCUGACAGGGAAGCUGCCCCCCGAGUACCCGCUGGAGCCGGGGGAGAGACCCCACCCCGUCCGGAGAAGAGGGGUGCCUGCCCACCGGGGACCUGGAGCUGAGGCGCUGGCGUGGGAGCUGUGCCGGGAGCUGGCCGUGCAGCGGCAGGUGGUGGAGGCCGCGCGGCGCCUGGCCCUGGCCCCGGAGCUGUCGGAUCAGCAGCGGCGCCGGCGCCGGCAGGUCCAGGCCGAGGCCGCCCAGCGCCUGCGGGAGCUGGAGGGGCAGCUGGGGGAGACGCGGGCCCGGCUGGGGGCCCCCCGGGGAGUGCACGAUGAGGCGUUCACCUCCGAGAACAGCUCCCUCUCCGAAUCGGCCAGUCACGAGAACAACGACCCCCACGGUUUCCACCCGCCCAAGGUGGGCCCCUCGUCCCCCCGCAGCCGGGAUCACUUCCGCGCCGUGUCCGGCAGCCCCGACCGCCGGCCUGGCUGGCGAGGGCCCCCCACGGAGCUGGGUGGGGGGGCCGCCAGCCGCCGCAGCUCGCUAGCCAGCCCUACCAGCCCGAGUCGGACCCUGCCCCGGAGCGUGUCCAGCUUUGAGGGCCGGAGCGUCCCAGCGACCCCGGUUCUCACCCGGACCAUCUGCAGCGGGAGCCACAAUGUCAGGCCGGACGCCCCCCCAGCCACCCGUCAGUGGUCGGGGAGCCAGGACUCCCAGCUCGGCCCCCCCAGCCGGGACCCCAGCGCCGACCGGGCCCCCCCAGCCUUCGCCGCCCGCACCCGCCGCAGCAACAGCUCGGAGGCCCUGAUCGAGCGGGGGGCCCCCCCCGAAGACCCCCCUUUCCGGGGCCCCCCCCGGCCCCCCUACGCCGAGAUCCUCCUGGACUAUUACCUGGAGCGCCAGUGCUGGCCGGCGGGAGACCACCUCUCGCGCCGCGAUGCCCCCCCGCCUCCCGGCUGGGGGUACCCCGAGAGCCCCCUGCCACGCCGGGCAGGGCGCGCCAAGUCCUGUGGGCCCCCUCCCCAGAGCCAGCCGCCGCCCCCGGCCCCCCAGCGCCCGCCCCGGGCCGUCCACAAGGCCUUGGCCCUGGAGGGGCUCCGGAACUGGUACCUGCGGAAUGCCGGGGGAGCGGGGGGGGCCCCCCCACCCCGGGACAGGAGAGGGGGGCCCCCCCGUGGCUGGCCCGAACCCCCCCCCCGGCCGGAGACGGGGGGCUACCUGCCCCAUUCGCUGAGCUACGCUGGGCAGCCGCUGCAGGGCAGGUAUGGGCGUCGGGGGGGCUGGCAGCCCUGAGUUAAGGUUGGGGGCUAGGGGACCGACCCCCCCCCUCAGAAUCAGCCCCCCCCCAUCGCUCCCCCGCAGCAGGGGUACACCAGCCAGAGGGGGUUGUUUGGGGGGCGGGGGAGGCUCAUGCGUCUCUUGCUAGGGCGUCGGCCGUUCAUCGGCUGCCCCCCUCCCCACCUGCAUGGGCUGUGUUGGGGGAAAGGACCCAGGCGUCCGAGAGGUGUGGGGGUGUGUGUGUGUGUCGGGGGGGUUAAGGACCCAGGCGUCUGACUUGGCUGCAGGGUUGGGGCAUGGGGGACCCCGGUGUUGGUGCGGGAGGCAGGAAAGGACCCAGGCAUCCGGCUCUGCUCCCUGGAGUUGGGGGGAGGGGGCAGCAAGAAGGGACCCAGGCGUCCGGGGAAGGGUGACUCUCUCUGCUAUGACUUAAUCCUUCUCCCCCCUGCACCUUCCUCUGGCUAAUCUCUCUCUUUCUCUUUCUCUCUCUCUCUUCCCCCCACAUCUCUCCCCCCACAUCUGUCUCCCCACCCCACACGUCUGUCUGUCUGUCUGUCUGUGCCUCUGUCCGGCAGACCCUUCGCAGACCUCCUCUACCCGGACGGGCCCGGCGCCCCCUCCCCCAGCCUGGGCCCCCCCUUGGAUGUGGAGAGACACCCCCCAGGGACGCUGGUCUGACCUCCGUGUGGGGAGGCAGGGACAGCCAGGGGUUAAUCUCACAUGGGGGGACGCUCCCCUGCUGGACGGGGGUGUGUGUGGCAUCAGGCGGAUUAGAUGCGGGGGGAGAUUGACACAACCUCCCCGCUAGGGUGGUGUGGGGCACGGAUUCUCCCCCCCCCCAUGGGUUGAGACGACCCCCCCAGCAACCUCAAUCUCCCCCCUGCCCACAUUCAGAUAUGGGGGACAGGUCCUGGCUGGGGAAUCGGCCACCAACUGAACUCCCAUUACCACUGGCACUAACCGCCCCCCCCAACCCUCCCCUUUCUAAAAGUCUGGACAUACACCCCCCCCGCCCCACCCAACACCUAUCAGCUCCCUGACACCCCCCUCAUGUUCCCUCCCCCGCGUCUGGCCAUACCCCCCACACCACAUCCCUCUCCCCAAACUGAGACAGAUGCUCCCCUUCCCCGCCCCCAUCCAGUGAGCCCCUCCCAAAACAGCCCCCCACUCCUGUCCGGCUCAAUUAGGAAACGAACUCAAACUCUCGACAUUCCAGCCCUGGCCGGCGUCCGGUGGAUUUUCCUUUAAAAGUUACACACAAGAAGAAGGUCACUUUUUUUUUUUCCUUUUCCCGCUGGAUUUUAUUUGGGGGGAACUGGAAGGUGGCGGGGGGGGGGGGGGGGAUUCUACCUCCCAGGUCCCAUCCCCCCCCCACACACACCUCCCAUGAUCCACGUGUUAGUAGUGACGGGCACCAGCAUGCGACGGGCUCUGGACGUCGACUUCGCCCCGUUCCCAGCGCGUGGAUUGUAACGGGAAUUUCUUUGGCAAAUGUCAAACUGGUCACUGUGCAGAACGGGGUUUGUAUAAUACAGAGCGCAAAGGCGA